AUGGCGAAGAACCGGAACAAGAAGAACAAGGCCAAGAAGAGCGGCGGCGUCGCCGCCAUGGACAUCUCUGAGGGCGGCCCCGCCACAUCCACCGCCACGGACGCCCCACAACCAAUGGAUACGUCCGACGGAAAGCAGCCAUCGUCGGCCACCGCGGUUCUCGGUUCGAUCAACAAGAACGCAGUGGCUGCAGCUCGUGCCUCUGUUCUAACUGGGUUGCUGGCUGUGGUCAGUGGAGGGCAUACCCACCUUCGCCCUAUGCGGCACUUCUCUACAAUGGGCGUGGAGUGGCAUGCCAUAAGACUGUGA